CUCAACAUAUCAUUUAGUUGCGCGCCGUCGUACGUUGCGGACGCACGUCAUAUUCGUUAGGUUAACAUUGCGUGUUGCCUGCCCACUUUCUUGUUGACUGUUGUUUAGUUUCAACAGAAAAAAGUGCUUAAAAAACAGUGUUUUAAAAUUGCAAUAGAAUCCAAACAGUUUGAAUUAAAAAAAAAAAUCUCCAAAACGUACACGAGGUUAAUUCUUUUCACGAGUUUGAUUUGUCAAACUUUAGUUUUUAAAAGUUCCUGAGCUUUUGCCUACCGUUUAAACGGUUGACUAUGGGUACGAUGUCCGUUCGUACGCCCAUAGCAAAGUCGACGAAAGCCCUUUGGAAUAUGUCACUAUUGUGGAAAAUAUUCACAAUUAUUGUGGUAUUGCAGACAUGUGGAAUAAACGCUAAGGAUUUACAAAAUGAUUUGUCAUUUGAUGAUACCAUCGACAUCGAUCGAAUCGAUGAAUCGAAUAAUUUGCGCAGUGCGCGAGAUCUCGAUGAGACAGCCUUUCUCGAAGACGAACUACAGCCCGUAGACGAAAGUGAAGCGAACAACGAAGGCAGCUGGCUGGUGCAGAGUGUUAAACGCGUCCGACGUGAGUUGGGACGUCUGUUUGGGUCUGAUGCUAAUAAAGCUGAACACAAACCCCGCAAACAUCACAAAAAACGUGGUGAACAUGCGGAUAAUGCCGCCAAAAGAUCCGGCGAAGGACGUAAAAAAGGCCAUCGUGGUGAUGGCAAUAAACUAAAUGGCAAAUCGAAGAAGCAUAACAAGGUGCAUAACUUGAACAACAUUCACCACAAACGCCAGGCUUAUGAUGAUGGCGCCGAUGAAGGUUCUGGAGAUGAUCCAAGAUUCAAUGAUUUUGGCGAAACCGAUUUGUGGGAAGGUCUUAUUACUGUGGAUAUGCCUUGGGAUGAUGAAUUUGAGAACAAACGGAGUUCUGAAUUUCAACAACUGCAACAACAAAUCGGUGAUGCCUUUAGUCAAUGGUUCGAUAGGGAAUAUGAAAGUUUUGAUGAGUUUGCCUUGAAUGUGGAGUUGAUGAGUGCGAGACCCACCGAUGACCCCUACAAAAUGCAUUGCAUUAUACGUUUGGAGUUACCUGAGAAAUUGAAUAAUUUGGGCAAUGAUCUUCAAAACUAUCUACACAGAAAUCGUCGUUUGGGCGAUAUGAGUGUUGAUGCUGAUCCCGAAUACUAUUUCAGACGAGUUGAAGAAAUAGAUCCUAGUGCUGCCGCUGAUAAUAGCCAUCGUGAAGAUCCCCGUACCCAUGACACUCAUCAUUACACAGAUACUGAUCCCUAUGCCCAUCCUGAGGGUGAAAAUCCUUAUGAAAGUCCCUAUGGCAGUGAAAAUCCCUAUGGCAGUGAAAGUCCCACUGGCUACGAUAGCCGGGAGCGUGAUCCCAAUGCUGGUGAUUAUGGUCGUGGGGCUGAUCCCAAUGCUGGUGAUUAUGGUCGUGAAGCUGAUCCCAAUGCUGGUCGUUAUUAUCCUGAGAGUGAUCCCAAUGCUGGUGGCUAUGAUAGUCGUGAACGUGAUCCCAAUGCUGGUGAUUAUGAUAACCGUGAACGUGAUCCCAAUGCUGGUGGCUAUGAUAGCCGUGAACGUGAUCCCAAUGCUGGUGGCUAUGACAGCCGUGAACGUGAUCCCAAUGCUGGUGGCUAUGAUAGUCGUGAAUCUGAUCCCAAUGCUGGUGGCUAUGGUGGUUACGAUCCUAGCAGAGAUCCCAAUGCCGGUGGCUAUGGUGGUUAUGAUGCUGAAAGAGAUCCCAAUGCUGGUGGUUAUGGUACUUAUGAUCCUACAAGGGAUCCAAAUGCUGGUGGCUACGGAGGUUAUGAUCCCAAUGCUUAUGAUUCUGAAAAAGAUCGCAAUGAUUACGAUGGUGACAGAGAUACUGGUUAUGAUGGCACCGAUGAUGGAUAUUUCCCAGAUAAUCCCACUGAUACCGGUUAUAACGGCUAUCCCACAGAUCCCAAUGCCGAUAGAUAUGAUCCCAGAGGUAGCUCUGAAGGUACACCCACUGUCUAUGACUGUGAUCGCUAUCCCCAGGGAGAGUUCCAGUGUAUAAAUGGUGAUACAAUUCCUUGCAUUGCACGUUGUGACAAUAAGGCCGAUUGUUUGGAUGACUCCGAUGAGGAGGCCGAUAUGUGUAAUGCCAUAUUGGCACGCGAAGAAGAGGAAGAGGAUGAAGAGGAAGAAGACGUCGAAGAUGACCAUAAUCGCCGCGAAGAGGAUAAUCGUAGACCUCCCCCAAGCAGCUAUGAUUAUGAGGAUAACAAUCGCAAUCGCGAGGAAGAUCAGCCCACUGAACGUCCUGAAAACCCGGAAACCCCUCAAGAGAGUGACAUUUUCGAUUGUCGUGCAAAUCCUGGUGGUAAUUUCAUGUGCGCCAAUGGUGAGGUUAUACCCUGCUAUCUGCGCUGUGAUGGUGCACCCCAUUGUACUGAUAAUUCCGAUGAAACUGUCAGGGAAUGUCCAGACGAUGAUGCUUAUGCCUACGACCCAAUCAGUCCUCCAACGAGUUAUGACGGUAGCGAUAGACGUCUUGAAGAACCAACAGAACCCUCAAGUGCUGAAGGCGGUUACAGAGGGGUUUCUGUUGAAUCUUCCGGCGAAGGAGAAUAUCCCCCAGUAACUUCUAUGAACUGGGGUGGCAGUGAUCGUUCUAGCGGUUGUCGUGGUGAUACAACAUUCAUUUGUCAACACACCGGUUCCACCAUCUGUGAAGAGCAGAAAUGCGAUGGCAGAGAAGAUUGUCCCGAUGGUGAAGAUGAACAAGACUGUGAUGAAGUCGAACCAACAUAUCCAUACGAAAAGGUUUGCGAUGAAACUCAAUUUAAAUGUGAUGACCGCUGUCUGCCUAAGGAAUAUUUGUGCAAUGGCCAUACAGAAUGUUUUGAUGGAAGUGAUGAAAAGGAUUGUCCAGCUCAAGAAUGCACAUCCUCCCAAUAUAGAUGCCGCAGUGGCAUGUGUAUUGAUAACAGCAGACGUUGUGAUGGCACUAGAGAUUGUCCUGAUAACGAUGACGAAACUGAUUCAUGCCCUGUUGUGUGCAGUCAUAAUCAGUAUCUAUGUAGAGAUGGCGUCACUUGUAUUAGUGAUGGCCUUAUCUGUGAUGGCACCGAAGAUUGUGUUGACGGUGAUGAUGAAGAACACUGUGAUAGCAGUGGUGUUUAUUCCAAAAUCCCCUCUGACCAUCAUGACAAUGAUGAUGAAGACUAUUGUCUUUACAAUGAAUUUCGUUGUGACAAUGGUCAAUGUAUACCCUAUCGUGAGUUAUGCGAUAAUAUCUAUGAUUGUUCAGAUUACUCCGAUGAAAGGGAUUGUGAUCUAAGAGAUAUAGACAGAGAUAUCUUCGAUGAGGAUGAGAUUAUCAGAGAAUAUGCACCGCAUCACAGAAGGCCUACAACAGAGGCACCACCUUUACAUGAACUGGAUUUGACGGAAUUCUCUUAUUAUUAUCCUCAAUCCAAUUAUUACCACAAGGCCAACGAUUAUAAUCCUUGCACAACUUCACAAUUCAGAUGUGGCAAUAAUGUUUGCAUACCCAUACACUUGAGAUGUGAUGGUUUCUAUCAUUGCAAUGAUUUAACCGAUGAAUCAGAUUGUAAUGAAAAUCCGCCUCAAUUCAAUAGGCCCAUGACGAGCGAAAGGCCUCCGGCCAAUGUGAUGAUAAGAACAACGGUUACACCACGCAGAAAUUCCACCUUUUGGACACGUCCGGCUCCCACAACGACUAGUCAAACAACAACAACGCGCAGAACCACAUUGACCACUCCAGCUCCCACCAAAAAACAAUGCCUAAGUUCGGAAUUUAUGUGUGAAAAUGGUGAUUGUGUGGCUUUGGAAGCUGUUUGCGAUGGUACCGCUGAUUGUCCUCGCUAUGAUGAUGAAAGCUAUGGUCUAUGUAACUGUGAGACUGAUAAGUACAAAUGUAAACGCGGCGGUGGUUGUUUGCCCAAAACUCAAGUUUGUGAUGGCAGACCUCAGUGUAGAGAUGGCAGUGAUGAAAUAAAUUGUCAUUUUACUGCUAAUUUCAAUAAAACCCGCAAUUUGGCCGAAUGCUUAAGUUUUCAAUUUCAAUGCGCCGAUGGCAUCUGCAUAGCUGAUUAUAAACUAUGCAAUGGCAUAACCGAUUGCUUGGACGGUUCCGAUGAAAUGAAUUGUCCCAUGAAUUACGAUGACACAAAUUAUGACUUUGACACCGAAGAUUCUCUUAAUGGAUGCGAUAUUUAUGAAUUUGAAUGUGACUAUUCGCGUUGCAUACCUAUUGAGAAAAAAUGUGAUGGUUAUCCCGAUUGCGAUGAUGAAACCGAUGAAAUCGAUUGUCCACCAUUCACAGAUAAUUGUCAUGACAAUGAAUUUGAGUGUGAUAAUAAUUAUUGUAUUUUACGUGGUCAACUAUGCAAUGGCAUACCGAAUUGCAAUGAUGGCACUGAUGAAAAGAAUUGCACUUUCUGUCGGGAGGGUGCCUAUCUUUGUACUACGGGCGAAUGUAUUUUAGCCAAUUUGCAUUGUAAUGGCCAUAAUGAUUGUGCUGAUGGUAGUGAUGAGCACAACUGUGUCGCCACUGUGUUCACUCCCGAAGAUUGUACAAUCAAUCAAUUCUUCUGCGACGACGAUUGCCACGACAUAUCCAUACGCUGCAAUGGCAAGUUCGAUUGUGCCGAUCGCAGUGAUGAACAGGAAUGCCCACCAACCUAUCCAUUACCGGGUGGUAGACCACCUGUAUAUCCUUGUCCCCAACAUACAUGCAGCGAUGGUAAAUGUUAUAAUGAAAAUGAACGUUGCGAUGGCAUCCCCCAAUGUGACGAUGGCUCUGAUGAAAGUGAUUGUUGUGCAGCUGAUCAAUUCCGUUGCCGCAAUGGUGAAUGUGUCCCUGGCUAUGCCCAUUGCAAUAAUCGCCGUGAGUGUGUAGAUGGCUCCGAUGAGGAAGAUUGUACAGAUCCUGCUAUUUCAAGUGGACGUUGUGCACCUUCACAAUUCCGUUGUGACAAUGGUCAAUGUGUUACAGCCUUUGGUCGUUGCAAUGGUUAUGUGGAUUGUGCCGAUAGUUCCGAUGAAAAAUAUUGCCGAACCUCAACCACAACAAUGACCAAUAGACGGGCAUGUGGUCCCAAUAUGUAUCGUUGCGAAAAUGGUCCUUGCAUACAAUCAUCAAUGCGUUGCAAUGGCGUUUAUGAUUGUCCUUUGGACAUAAGUGAUGAGUUAGAUUGUCCUACUAUGGAUAAUGAAAUCGAUACUGAUGUACCUACCACUGCAGCUCCUCAAUUGAAUUUGAAGACCUAUCCUGAUAAUCAAGUCAUUAAAGAAAGUCGUGAAGUCAUCUUCCGUUGCCGUGAUGAAGGUAUGCUACGUGCCAAGGUUAGAUGGACCAGACCUGGCGGUCGCCCCUUGCCCAUUGGUUCCCGCGACAAAGAUGGCCGUUUGGAAAUUCCCAAUAUUCGCAUGGAAGAUUCGGGCACUUAUAUUUGUGAAGCUGUUGGCUAUCCACGUCAUGUUUCCGGACAACAAGUCUCCGUCCAAUUGACCGUUGAGAAAUACAAUCCUCGUGAUGAUCGUUUGCCCUCAGCCUGCUCAGCCAUACAGGCCACUUGCAUGAAUGGCGAAUGCAUUGACAAGUCUCAGAUUUGCGAUGGCAUACCCCAUUGCUCGGAUGGUUCGGAUGAACACAGCUGCUCCCAAGGCCGUAAAUGUCAACCCAAUCAGUUUAUGUGCCGCAACUCCAAGUGCGUUGAUCGUGUCUGGCGCUGUGAUGGUGAAAACGAUUGCGGUGAUAAUUCCGAUGAGGAAAGUUGUGAUCCUGAGCCCAGUGGCGCUCCCUGCCGUUAUGAUGAAUUCCAAUGCAGAAGUGGUCAUUGUAUACCCAAAUCCUUCCAGUGUGAUGACACCAAUGAUUGUCGUGAUGGCUCUGACGAAAUCGGUUGCAUGGCUCCUGAUAAGAUACGCGAUCCUCCACCAACUCAAAACCUAAGACCCGGAGAAUCUUUGAAUCUGACCUGUGUUGGUGUGGGCACUCCCACUCCCGUUAUUGUGUGGCGUCUCAAUUGGGGCCAUGUUCCCGAUAAAUGUGUCUCCAAGAGCUACAGCGGUACUGGCACUCUCUUCUGUCCUGACAUGCAGUUUGCCGAUAGCGGUGCCUAUUCCUGUGAAAUCAUCAAUUCCAAGGGCAGCAAAUUCACCAGCGAUACCAUAGUUUCAGUUGAUGGCCCCGGCGGUCCUGGCAUCUGCCCCUCGGGUAGUUUCAAUUCGGCCGCUCGCCGUCCCGAAGAUUGCCUCAGCUGCUUCUGCUUUGGCAUUACCAAGUCCUGCAAAUCCAGCAAUCUAUUCAUCAGCACCAUUCAACCACCCAUUACCUCACAUCGUGUGGUCAAUGUUGAGAUAAGUCCCUACAACGAUAUUGUCAUCAAUGAGGCUCCCGUCAGCGGCAUUAUGAAUCUUAGACAUGGUGUUCAGUUCCGUGCCUCUGAUGUUCAUUUUGGCGGCCGCACCUCUCCCUACUUGGCUUUGCCCCAGGACUUUAUGGGCAAUCAAUUGAAAUCGUAUGGCAACCCUCUUAAAUAUGAUGUGCGUUUCGAUGCCACUGGAAGCCCCACACGCAAGCCUGAUGUCAUCAUAACGGGCAAUGGCUUUACUUUAACCUAUCGCUCUCGCAAUGCUCCUCAGCCCAACACUGUUAACCACAUGGAAAUUCCCUUCACUCCUGGCAGUUGGAUGCAACCCGAUGGACGUACGGCUACCCGUGAGGAGAUCAUGAGGAUUUUGUCCAAUGUUGACAAUGUUUUGGUGCGCUUGAGCUACGUUGAGGCCACCGAAAGAGAAGUCGAGGUGACCAACAUUAUGAUGAGCUCGGCAGGACCGCACGAUCAAGGUCUGGGACCAGCCAGCUUGGCUGAGAAGUGCUCUUGCCCCGUUGGUUACACCGGUGAUUCUUGCGAAUCCUGCGCCCCUGGCUAUGUGCGCCAACCCGGCGGAGCCUGGUUGGGUCGUUGCGUGCCAUUCGUCGAAGAACGCUGCCCACCCGGCAGCUAUGGUGAGCCACGCCGUGGCAUUCCUUGCCGCGAGUGUCCUUGCCCUCAAACCGGUUCCAAUAACUUUGCUUCGGGUUGUUCCUUGGGCCCCGAUAACGAGGUCACUUGCAACUGCAAUGAAGGCUACACUGGACGCCGUUGUGAAAGCUGUGCUCCCGGCUACGAAGGCAACCCCUUGGCUCCCGGUGGUCGCUGCUACCCUGCCCCCGAUGACAACUGCAACAGCGAAGGCACCUACUCCGUGCUGCCCAACAACACUUGCGAAUGCAAAUCUUUGGUUAGUGGACCUCGUUGCGAUACCUGCAUGCCAGGUUCCUAUCAUUUGAACUCGUUCACCUACACCGGCUGUAUUGAAUGCUUCUGCAGUGGAUUACCCGUCAACUGCGGCAGCAGUACCUGGAAUCGCGACCAAAUUACCUCCACCUUUGGACGUUCCAGAGCUCCACAUGGUUUUAGCCUUAUACGACACUACGACACUGAUGUACCCUUGCCUGUGGAAUUCACCUUAACCGACUCUUCGUUGACCUUCAGUGAAUUGCCCUCGUCGGAACCAUUGUACUGGAGCUUGCCAGCACCUUUCUUGGGCAACCAGAUAACGGCAUAUGGUGGCAAACUGAGCUACAACGUCAGCUACAGUCCCAUGCCAGGCGGUUCAAUGUCUCGCAGUACCACCCCCGAUGUAGUCAUAAAGUCUGGCGAAGAUUUGACCAUCAUCCAUUACCGCAGAGGCGGCUUCAGUCCCAGUGAACCCAACUCGUAUGCCAUACCCAUCAUCGAAAGUGCUUGGCAGCGUUCGGAUGGCCAAACCGUUAACAGGCAACACUUGUUGAUGGCCUUGUCCAAGAUCGAUGCCAUCUACAUUAAGGCCACCUACACCACCAGUACCAAGGAUGGAACUUUGACCUAUGUCUCCUUGGACAUUGCUAACCCCAGCAGCACUAGUGGUAUUCGUGCCUCGGAAGUGGAGGAAUGCCGCUGUCCCCUGGGCUAUGUAGGACCCUCUUGUGAACGCUGUGCUCCUGGCUACAAACGCUCCGAAGGUGGCCUCUAUUUGGGCUUGUGCGAACCCUGCGAGUGCAAUGGCCACUCCGAACAAUGCGACAGUGAGACCGGAACUUGCCUUAAUUGUGCCGACAAUACCGAGGGAGAUAUGUGCGAACGUUGUGCUGAUGGAUUUAGAGGAGAUGCCUCAGCUGGCACCCCAUACGAUUGCCAGCCCGAUGAUCCCUAUGCUCCACGUCCUCCCCCGCCACCUCGUCCUACACCUGAAGCCGGAAAUGCAACUCGUAACUGUUAUCACUGUAACGAAGCCGGCACCGUCUCUUGCGUUGGUGACUAUUGUCAGUGCAAACCCAAUGUACAGGGACGCCGUUGUGAUCAAUGUCGUUCAGGCACCUAUGGUUUGUCCAAAAAUAAUCCCGAUGGCUGCGAAGAAUGUUUCUGCUCGCACAAAUCCACAACAUGUCGUUCAGCUUCUCUCUAUCGUCAGUUGAUUCCAGUCGACUUCAUCAGCAACCAACCGCUGUACACCGACGAGGAAGGUUUGGUGGCCGAUACCGAGAAUUUGAGCUUUGACUUGGAAGCAAAUGAAUACACCUACUCCUACACUUCGUACACUCCCAAAUACUGGAGCCUAAGGGGUUCAGUGCUUGGCAAUCAAUUGUACUCGUAUGGCGGCACUCUAUCCUACCAAUUGCGAGUUGACUCCUAUGGACACUAUGAGCCUGGCAAUGAUGUCAUUUUGAUUGGCAAUGGCAUGAAACUGAUAUGGUCACGUCCCACUUCGGAACAAGACAAUGAGGACUACAGCAUACGUUUGCAUGAGGAUGAGAACUGGCAGACCAUGCAGCGCGGUGUAAUGGAGCGAGCCUCACGUUUGGACUUUAUGAAUGUUCUAUCCAAUUUGGAACAUAUUUUGAUUAGAGCCACACCAAAGAUACCCACCACUCGUUCCUCGAUUAGCGAUGUCAUCUUGGAGAGCGCCGUCGAAACACCAAAGCCAGGUGCCACCCAGGCCAUUGAUAUCGAAUUGUGUACCUGUCCCCCAGGCUAUGCGGGCUCAUCAUGUGAAAGCUGUGCUGCCAUGCACUAUCGCGACAACUAUGGUAAUUGUGUGGCCUGUCCCUGCCAAGAGGAUACCACCAGCUCAUGCAGUCUAGAUGAACGUGGCUAUGUGAAAUGUCAAUGUAUGUCAGGCUAUACUGGAGAUCGUUGUCAAAAUCUGGACUAUGGAACUGAUCUUACUCCAGAACCUCCCAGACCCGAUACUGGCGAUUUGGAAUUCAAAACUCAAAUAAGAGUCUCUAUUGCACCACCACUCAUUACCAUUAUUCCCGUGGGUGGUUCUCUAACACUCUCAUGUACCGGUUACUUGGUGUACAAUGGCAGCCCCGUUAUUGUCAGCUGGUAUAAACUGAACGGUGAUAUGCCUUUCCGUUGGGAUCAAGAAAGCGGUAUUCUACAUCUUUAUGAAUUGCAAAUUCAUGAUUCCGGUACUUACAUCUGUCAAGCUCGCAAUAAUCAAACCAAUCGCGUAUACGAAGAUCAAAUAUCUAUUACCAUCACCGAAGAUGCUCGCCGCUCACCACCCAGAAUCGAAAACUUACCCUCACACCAUACCUUCCCCGAGUAUGCACCCAGUGAAAUCAAUUGCCAAGUUAGUGGUAAUCCAACUCCCGUUGUUACUUGGACUCGUGUCAAUGGCCAAGUAUCCAGCGAAGUACGUGUCGAAGGCAGCCGUUUGAUAUUCGAGAGACCACGCAAAUCUGACGAAGGCAGCUAUAGAUGUCAGGCUAGCAAUGGCGAAGGCCCAUCCGCCGAACAAUAUACUCAUGUGUAUAUUGAACAAACAUCGACCCAACCUCCUCCACCCCAACGUGAAUUGGUCUACAUCGAACCUCCAUCAUACUCUGGCGAGUCAGGUCAAUUAGUGCGUUUAACUUGCAAUCCCAUAUCGAAUAUAGUGCUCAAAUACGAAUGGACCAAGGAUGGUUAUCCCAUCUAUCGUGAACACAACUUGAUCAUUAAUGGCAACACCUUGGAGAUUCGCGAAUCCUCACCACGUGACUCUGGUACUUACACUUGCAUUGGUAUCGAUAUACGUGGACGCCGCAAUUACACUUCCGAUGCUCAUGUGAUUAUUGAGGAUGGUGGCAGACCACCCAUAUUACCACCAUACACUGGAGGCAAUCCUCCUCCUGUGGUUCGUGCUUUGCCCGAAGAGAAUUUAGUUGUCCAAGGUCGUGACUUUUCCAUAACUUGCGAAGCCUCUGGCACACCCAGACCCACAAUUACAUGGACCAAGGUUCAUGAAACUUUGGGUGACAAUGUUCGUCAAACCGGCAAUGUUUUGCGUAUUACUUCGGCCCGCCCUGAUAAUCGUGGUAUCUAUUUGUGUAUUGCCGAAAGCGAGUCGGGCACUGAUCAAUCCAGCACUUAUAUCGAUAUUGAACCUCGUGAACGACCAACUGUUGACGUUGAUCCCAAAGAACCACAAAUCAUUACGGUGGGUGGUCAGGGUAUGCUUUACUGCACAGCCACUGGCAUACCUUCACCUCGCGUACAAUGGACUCGUAUUGACGGCCAACCACUAUCACACAGACAUACAACUCAAAGUGAUCCUGGCUACAUUGUCAUUAACGAUGUUGCUUUGGAAGAUGCCGGCGAAUACAAAUGUGAAGCCGAAAACGUAGUUGGCAAAGUAAGCGGCACUGUUAGCAUUCGUGUUAUCGAAGCCCCCGUCAUAACCCUACAGCCCAAUGAGGAGAUUGUAAGAGUUACCGAAGGCGAUGAAGUUAAGAUUGUCUGCUCGGCCACUGGUACUCCUAGCCCCAGUGUGCGCUGGAUUAAGGAAGGUGCAGAGACCUAUAGUUUUGCUGCUGCCGCCGAACAAUACAACCAGGCCGUUUUGGAAUUCUAUCGUGUCAGCAUGGACGAUGCCAAGAUCUACAAAUGUAUUGCCUCCAAUGAAGCCGGUCCCGAUGAACGCUAUGUUGUGUUGGAUGUUAAGCGCCGUCGUGGUGAUGCUCCUGAUGACAGCGAUGUUGACAGAUAUCCCAGCCGUCCCCCAUAUCAACCACCCCAAUAUCCACCAUCCAACCAACCUCAAUACCCACCUCAAUACCCACCCCAAUAUCCACCACAAUACCCACCAUCCAACCAACCCCAAUAUCCACCCCGUCAACCUCAGAAAGCUUAUGAGGCCAGACUUGGUGAUAAUGUAACCUUAACCUGCGACUUAGAUGCCGCCUACGAAACCAAAUGGGAGCGUGUUGAUGGCCGUCCCCUACCCACCAAUUCCUAUACCGAUCGCAACAGAUUAAUGGUGGAACAUUUCAAUGUAAAUAAUGCAGGAGAAUAUCGUUGCAAUGCUUUGGAUAGCCGUGGAACCCUUAUCACAUUCCAUUUGGCCGAAUUAGUGUACACUCCCAUACCACGUAUUACUCUGCAUCCUCAAAUGCCAAUGCAUGUUAAUGCCAAUACUGAUGUAACUAUUACUUGUAUGGUCGAUGGCGCUCAACCGAUAUCCGUAUCCUGGCAUACAGAAAAUAAUAGACCUUUGCCCAGCUCUGUUUCCACUGACGGCAAAUACUUGAGAUUCUAUGACAUUACACCUGGUCAUGCUGGUCGUUAUCGCUGCACUGCCAGCAAUCGUUUUGGAAAUACCACCGAAUUGGCCGAAGUUAUUGUCAAUCGCGGCCAUACCUUUGAACCUCAACCCACUAGUAAGCAAUACCAAUUGAAUGAAGGCGAAACUGUUCAAAUGCUCUGCGAUAUUGGAGCAAUGAGGGCAUCAGUUCGUGGUGAAAUUCAUUACACCUGGCGCCGUGAAGAUAACCAACCUUUGCCACCCAAUGCCAUAAGCCGCAACAAUGAACUUGUCAUCAAUAAUGUACGAAAACAAGAUGAAGGACGUUACAUUUGUGAAACCUACACUGCCAGUGGCUCAGCACAGCCAUCCUAUGCCGAUUUGUAUGUCAAGAGAGGUCACAGCGUUAAUGAUAUACCUUGCAUGGUCCUCUAUAUCUGUACAGAUUAUAAACCCUUGAGGAUAAUCAAAACCAAGCCAUUGACACCAGCCACAGCACCGGUUUCCUUGCCCCCAUCUUCAAUGACUACAACAGGUCGUAGCUCCUACAGCUGUCAGCCCAGCGAUUUUAAGUGUGUCUCUCACCCCCACACCUGUGUGGCCAAACACAUGGUAUGCGAUGGUAUUCAUGAUUGUACCGAUCAUUCGGAUGAGUUCAAUUGUACGCGUGAUCAGACCACCGCCUACAAACGUUGGAAAAAACACUACUAUCAACAUGUCAAUCAGGGAGUGGGCAUGAGAAGGUACAAAAGAAAAUUCCCUCUAUUGACAAAGAUACCACUAUCGCCGCCACCAGCAACUGCUUACUUUGGAAGAGAACAGCUGAGCCAUAGGGCCCCAUAUGGCAAAAGCAAAGGCAAAGGCGUUUAUGAAUCAAAACAAAGACCCGGCGUAAGACACAUACCCCCCUCCUAUUAUCCACCCCCUGCAAUAUAUCAUCCAACAACCACACCACGCCCCCGUGAUUAUGGUUUAAAAUUGGAUCAGCAACAUUCAAAUUUGCGAGUUGGCGAAUCCACUGAAGUGGAGUGUUAUUCAUCCGAUAACAGUUACACCGAUGUCAUUUGGGAAAGAGCCGAUGGCAAGCCAUUGCCACUACACAUUAAGCAAAUUGGCAACCGCUUGAUCAUCAACAAUGUCACCCCCGAAGAUGCCGGAAACUAUGUUUGCAGAUGCAAGACCGAUGUGGGAGAUCUCUACACUACCAGUUAUGAAUUGGCCAUUGAAGCAAAUACCCAUGAAUGGAAACAUCCUAAAAUUGAACAUGCCGAAGUUGGCGCCAAUGUGAAAUUGAAUUGUGAUGCUCAGUCGGAUCAUUUGUCACCAAGCUACAGAUGGUCACGUCAAUAUGGACAAAUGCAAAUGGGCACUGAUAUUUUAGGUGACUCUUUGUCAUUGGAAAAUGUCCAGGCCAAUGAUGCCGGCACUUAUGUCUGCACAGCCACCACCGCCACUGGAGAUUCCGUUGACUAUCCCACCAUUUUGGUGGUUACCGGCGCUAUUCCUCAUUUCCACCAGGAACCCAUCAGUUACAUGUCAUUCCCCACACUACGUGAUUCCUAUGUCAAGUUCAAUUUCGAUAUAACAUUCCGCCCCGAGAAUGGCGAUGGCCUACUCCUAUUCAAUGGCCAAAAGAGAGGCAAUGGAGAUUAUAUUUCGCUCUCGCUUAAUGAUCAAUAUCCUGAGUUCCGUUUCGAUUUGGAUGGCAAGACCAUGAUUGUAAGAGGUGAACAGGCUUUGGCAUUGAAUGAAUGGCACACCAUACGAGUACAUCGUUUCCGACGUGAUGGUUACAUGCAAGUUGAUGGUCAACAUCCUAUUGCUUUCCCUACCCUUUCGGCGUCGUCAUCGUUGGAUUUGGUGGAAGAUUUGUAUUUGGGUGGUGUACCAAGUUGGGAUAUUCUACCGGAACAGGCCAUAGAACAGGAAGUAGGAUUUGCCGGUUGCAUUAGUCGCUUGACUUUGCAGGACAGCAUUAUUGAAUUGAUGAAGGAGGCCAAGAUGAAGGAAGGCAUUACAGCUUGCAAGCCCUGCGAUUCUAAACCCUGCUCGAACAAUGGCAUUUGCUUAGAGAGUCAAACUGAAAUGGGCUAUACCUGUAUCUGCCAACAGGGCUGGACGGGUCGUCAUUGCGCUGUUGAGGGUACACAAUGUACUCCUGGAAUUUGUGGCACAGGACGUUGUGAGAAUACGGAAAUGGGCAUGGAAUGCAUGUGUCCCUUGAACAAAACAGGAGAUCGUUGCCAGUACAUUGAACAUUUGAAUGAGAAUAGUUUGGCCUUUAAGACCAACAGCUUUGCUGCCUAUGCAACUCCUCGUGCCUCAAAAUUGCAUAUCAAGUUCAAGGUUAGACCCAACUCCUUGGAAGAUGCCGUUUUGUUCUACGCCGCCGAAUCUCGUUUGCCCAGUGGCGAUUAUGUUGCUGUGGUCUUGCGCAACAAACAUGUCGAACUGAUUAUUAACACUGGAGCCAGAUUGAAACCAGUUGUUGUACGCUCUCUACAUCCCUUGCCCCUCAACCAAUGGACCGACAUUGACAUUUCUCGUCGCUUUGGUGAAGGCUUCCUUAUUGUGGGCAAUGAUCCAGAGCAAAAGGCCAAGGCAUCGGGAGCAGCCAGAACUUUGUACAUCAAGACACCAAUGUACAUUGGUGGCUAUGAUCAUGAGAAGAUUACCCUGAAUCGUGAUGUGAAUAUCACACGAGGAUUUAAUGGUUGCAUAAAGAAUCUCUACGAAGGUGUUAAACAAUUUAACCUAAUCGCUGAUAUCCAAGAUGCUGCCAAUAUACAAAAUUGUGGUGAGAGUAAUGAAAUCGACCAAAACGAAACCUUUGAGCCCGAACAUCCGAAAAACCUCGAAAAUAAUCCCUGUGCCAGCGAUCCUUGCGAGAAUGGUGGCACCUGCACAGUUGAACACGAAGAGGCUGUAUGUCUUUGCAAUAUUGGAUUUGCCGGCAAGCAUUGUGAAGAUCACAUUUCCCUAAACUUUGACGCCAAUUUCCAUGGCAAUGGUUAUUUGGAAUUGAAUCGUUCGCAAUUCGAUGAAAACGUUGAACAGAAAUUCUCCAGUGCUGCCAUGGUCUUCUCCACAACAGCUCCCGAUGGUCUGCUGUUAUGGUGGGGUCAGCCUAAAGGUGUAAACUACACCGGACAAGACUUUAUGGCACUGGCCAUUGUAGAUGGUAUUGCCGAAUUCGCUUUCCGUUUGAAUGGUAAAGAGGCUGUCAUACGCAAUCCCGAUAAGAGAGUCGAUGAUGGCAUCAGACAUAUACUACUGAUUAAACGUACCGAUAACACAGCCAUUUUGGAAUUGGAUCACAUAUUGUAUGCCGAUGAAAUCCAGGAUACUGGCAAAGAUACAAUGAGCUUACCAGGCCAUGUAUUCAUAGGUGGAGCACCUAAUCUGGAAUCCUUCACCGGCGGCCGUUAUAAGCAUCACUUCAAUGGUUGCGUUAAGGUUGUUGAAGGUGAAGUUAGCGGUAUCAUAGCACUAGGCCAAGUAGCAAUAAGCGGUAACAAUGUCGACACAUGUCCAAAAGACGAAGAAAUUGAUUUUGAAGGUACCGAGCCCCCAGUCGUUUAAUAGUUUUUAGUUAAAAAAAUUUAAAAUUGUUUAAAUCAACAACAACAACAACAAAAAUCUUAAAGCAAAACGAACUUUAUGGAAAAAUCCCAGCACUUUUACAUAAACAAACGAAAACACACAACAAAGAACAACAACUGCAAACAAAACCCAUUAAAAACAACUCAAAAAUCAAAACCAAUUUUAAAACUCCACUAAUUUAGUUUCAUUUUUUUUACAUAAAAAAAGCAAAACAACAAAAAAUAAAACAUUUUAAAACAAACAAAAUAAAUCAUAAGCCAAAACUAACAUAAUGAAAAAACAAAACAUAAACUAAUUUUAAACAAAAACGAAUCCAAAUGUGUCAUAUAUAUUUUAAAAAUAAGUAAAAUGAAGAAUAACAUAACUAAACAUCCUUAAACUUAUACCAAAUGAAAUCUGACCACUCUCUAUAAAUAACAAUGCAAACAAAAUGAAUUAUAAUGAAUUUUGAAACUCGACAAAACGUAUUUUGCCCUCUUCCAACACCAAAUAAAACUAAUGGGCAUUUUAAAAUGUUACUCAAAAACUGAAGCAAAAAAAUCUCGAUUUUAUUUUUAUGAUUUUUAUUUUUCUACAAUUUUUCCCUUUCCAAUCUCUGCCUGUUUUUAUACUCAAAUGAAUAGUUUUUUUAUUUGUGUACUACAAUUCCAUUAUUCGCUUAAAUGUGUUCUUCUUUUUUUUAUUAAAUAUAAUUAAAUUUAAUGUUAUUAAGCGAUUUUUUUAAUAUAAAUACAAAAACAAAAUACUAAUUUAAUUUUACCAUUAAUAUGUUUCUUUUAUUUUUGUAAAUGUUUAUCACAAAAAAAAGAAAAUGAAAAACACAGAGAAUAUUAAUAAAAUAAAGAAUUUUAAAAGAAAUGGUAUGUAAUAACGCAGAAUGAUGAAUGGAACCCAACCAAUUGUAAUAACAAAACUCUCUAUAAAAGAAAAAUCUAUUGUAAAAAGUUGUUAAGUGAAAAAAUAAAAGAAGCCAAAUUAUUACAAAAUAAAA